GGUGAGCAAUACUCAGGGCAGGAGGCACUGAGUAGUUUAGUCCGGUGCCUGAGAAGUGCCCGGGAGCAGGCAGCGCAGAGCUCUGUACUAUAGCCGGAUCCUACACUAUGGCACAGACUGUCACCCUCAAUGGCCCCUCUCCCUGGGGGUUUAGACUGGUGGGGGGCAAGGACUUCAGCACCCCUCUGACUUUAUCCCGGAUUAAUCCCGGAAGCAAGGCUGCUUUGGCUAACCUAUGCCCAGGGGAUGUUAUUCUGGAAAUCAAUGGGGAGAAAACAGAAAACAUGACUCAUCUACAGGCUCAGAACAAGAUUAAGGCUUGCUCAAACCAUCUGACACUUUCCCUAAACAGGCACCUUGUUCUGGAUCCAGUGGACAUCACGCCAGCGACACCCUGGAUGAGAUAUGAAGGGAGGGCAUGGUCACCUACAGAAGAGAUCAGACAACAACCUCGCAAAUAUAGCCUGGAAUCAGAGUUACAGGAUAUUUUCCCAAUGGAAAGUGCUAACAACAGACGAUCUGCACCAGUUUCCCCUCGAGGCAGUCCAAGCGAUGUCCGACCAAUGGUCAACUCCCAGUACAACAAUCCAUCAAGACUCUACACAAACAACAACAAUAAUGCUAUAGAAUCACAGCUGUCUUCACAUAUGGGCAGGAUCAAUAUCUCUUCUCCCCAAAGUGUUGACCCACAGAGAGGUGCCUCAAGAAGCCGAAAUGGAAUACACGUUGAAUCAGAUGUGUACAAAAUGCUCCAAGAUUAUGAAGAACCAGUGUCACAGCCGAAGCAGUCUGGAUCAUUCAAAUAUUUGCAAGACAUGCUAGAAGCUGGAGAGAAUGGUGAAAAGCUAGAAAGACCAGCCAGCUCCAGGAAUGUCAAGUCUCCUGUGUCUAAGCUGAGCAGUCCACUGACUGGCUUACAGAUGCUCCCGGAGUGCACCAGAUGUGGGAACGGGAUUGUCGGUACUAUAGUCAAGGCUCGAGACAAGCUCUAUCAUCCAGAAUGCUUCAUGUGUGAUGAUUGUGGCCUCAACUUGAAACAGAGAGGCUAUUUCUUUAUUGAAGAGCAGCUGUACUGCGAAACUCACGCCAAGGAGAGAGUCAAGCCUCCAGAGGGAUAUGAUGUUGUGGCUGUUUAUCCCAAUGCCAAAGUUGAACUUGUCUAACUAUUAAAGCAAUCUUGCUGGAGAAGUCUACAGUCUUACAGAGCAAUACUCCCAGAGCCCUUCCCACAAGAAAUAAUAGUUUUACAUUCCCUUGACAAGACAUCUCCAUGCUAACAUUGUAUCCAAGAAAACCAUGCAGAACCACAAUGAAAACGCUUCAGAAUAUACAUUUACUUCCUGAAUGAAUUACACUGAACAUAAUAUCUAUAGGGAGCCAUGUCAGAAAGGUUUCUAACCCUUUUUUGCAUUAACUACCCAUAUGUCUUGCGUUGCUCUUUGUUUAAUAUGCAGUCUAUAUGUGUGCAGUCUACAGUUUUUCUUCUUUUGGCACCAACAGAAUCCGCUGUAAAUACUAAAUAAAAUUGUUCUUCUGCGCUAAUAAAAUAUAUUGUUUUUAGUAUUUUCAAGCAGUGUCUUUUUUGUAUCUGACAAUCCCCAAAAGUCAUAUGAUAACAGGUUACUGUGUUUAGUCUAUGUAUACCUUAUUAUAUAUAGCUUUUCCUUCUGGACAUCCUGUUGCAGUGUGUGCAGAUCUUCUCCAUGCCGUAUUCUGUAGCAUGGCACUUUUGGGCUCUUCACAUCAUGCUAUAGCCCUUCAUUGAGCAUUUUGCCAGGGGACUAGGGGGAGAUUUAUCAUCUCCUAUGCGCCAAAAAAGUGACGUUUAAAAGUCACAUCGGCGACUUUUUAACUGCCACUUUAAAAAAAAUUGUUACAUCUGCCACUUUUAGUCAUCCUCAACACUUUUCUGAAAGCGCGAGUGGCGAGCUGCCCUGACAAGUUUAUCUUCAUUUAGUAGUAUUGUAGUCUACCAUGCUAUUGUGUCCUGCAAAGACGCACAGAAAUAGAAGCAAGUCGAAGUCCAAAGUUUAAUCCCUUCACGCAUUUGGACCUAACUGUACGUCCAAACUGCAAGUGACAGUGCAUUUGGACAUACAGUCACGUCCAAACUGCUUACCGGAAAUUUGGCAA